GUUUUAUUAGGUGCAUUACAAAAGAAGCCUUCAAAGAAAUGAGGAACAGUGGCUAAUGAGAGCUUCAAAGAUAUUUAGGAGUCAGAUUUGCAGGUACUUGUCUCUAUCAUACAUUUCUCAUGGACUAUAUAAGUACCUUGUGAGCUUCAAGUUUUCCCCAGAAAGCUCCCAUCUUUGAAUCAUUAUGAUGAAAGUGGUUCUAAAGGUGGAUGUCCAAGAUGAAAAAAUCAGGAAAAAGGCCAUGCAGAGAGUAUGUGGCAUUUCGGGGGUUGAGUCAGUCUCUGUGGACAUGAAGGACAAUAAAAUAACUGUAAUUGGGGAUGUUGAUUCUGUUAAAGUGGCCAUAAAGCUUAAAAAAUUGGGUCCUGCAGACAUACUUUCAGUUGGACCUGCGAAGGAACCAAAGAAAGAAGAGAAGCCACCAGAACCCAAGAAAGAUCCAAAGGAGGAAUAUGCGCAACUUUUGAAGAUCUAUGAAGCUUAUUUUAACCAAAUUAGACACCAACCAUAUCCAUAUUACUAUAACAGAACAGUGGAAGACAAUCCAUGUGCUUGUGUUAUUUGCUAAGUAUUAGAAUAUCACGGAGUUCAAUACAUACUAAACAAAUUACAGUGGCUGAGAGUUGAA